ACACACACACACACACACACACACACACACACACACACACACACACGAGCCUCUGAUUUCAUCUGACACACAGAAUCAGCAUGUUGGGUGAAAACACGAUAUCAGAUCCUGAGAUUAUCUCCAUAUCAGUUGUUUAGAAAUAAAUAUAUUUGUAUUCACAAUAAUAAUCCGCCAUCUUUCUUGGUUCCACCAGAGUGUUUACAUGUAGAUUAAUAUUACUCCAGGGGGAGUUGAAUUAUAUAUUGAAGAGGAAAACUGAAUUAUUUCUGUUAUUUUGACGCUGUUGUUCUUUAAAUGCAUCCAGCGCUGUGAGAAACAGGCGGUCCAACAGAUUCUCAUGAAAUACAAACUGUGUUUACUGCACUUGGCAGCAGCUGCAUCUCCCAGAAUAACACAGUUUUUAUAUUAAGUGACAUGUUUGUCAGCAGGUUGGUGUUAAAUUUUGUAUUUAUUUAUUGCAAAAAGCUCAUUUUAUCCCAAUAUUCUGCUUUUUACUUCAACAGUUUGCACUGCCUUUUUAUUUUUAUUUUUAUUUUUUACUUUUUUCCUGUGUAAUUUAUUAGUUUAUUGAUAUUUAUGCCUGAAGACUUGCGUUUCCCUGCAGCACAUCCACCACUACACACACACACACACACACACACACACACUCCUUUUCGUUUAAACAUGAGGUGAAGUCUUCAUGGUGUUAUACAACUUCAUCUCUCUCUGUGUUGGACUUCUCUACCCAUCAUUUCUAUCCAGAAAUUCGAUAAAAUUAUCUUUUUAAAAUGCAGUUUGUUGCAAGAAACAUUGAAUUUCACUGCGAUCUCUCUGUUUAAUGCCCCCCAAAAAUCAAAACCGCUGCACAUUUUUGUCCGUCUCUCGUCUUCCUGGAUGUUAUAAAUUAAAAAAAAAAAAAAAACCUCUCAGGUUUGUUGCGCUGCGCUGCUGUUUUAAAAACUUCUCCCUCCUCCUCUCACCAAAACACGGCGCUGUGCGCUCCGCGGUGGAUACGGGAGCUGCGCGCUGAUUGGCCGCCCGCUCCUCAUUGUCAUGCUGUCAAUCCACAUCACAUGGUCCGGCCACUAGGCCUAUUAACAGAUGAGCUUGGCGAGCAACUUUACAGACUUCUGUUUCAGAGCCGUGGGGGACGGAGCAGCUUUGAGCGGAGAGAAACCAGAAGCACCUGCAGACUCAUUUCCCUCUUUGGGAGCAACUUUUUUUCCCCCCUCAUCUUCGUAUGAGACUGGUCAGUAUCUCUACCUCUUUGACUUUUUGGCGCUGUUUUGUGAACUUCUUUUUUUUUUUUUUUUUUUUCCUUUUUAAAAUUUUUUCAUGUGCCUGUGAGUGAACACUAAAAGCCGCCUGAAUGUAUAACAUGAUGGAAACCGAGAUCAAGACCCCGCUCCCGCAGUCCGGCUCGGCGCAGGGCGCAAAGAACAACAGUGUCAGCGACCAGGAGCGGGUGAAGCGGCCGAUGAACGCCUUCAUGGUGUGGUCCCGGGGACAGCGGAGGAAGAUGGCUCAAGAGAACCCCAAAAUGCACAACUCUGAGAUCAGCAAGCGGCUCGGGGCUGACUGGAAACUUCUGACCGACGCUGAAAAGAGGCCAUUCAUCGACGAGGCCAAGCGUCUACGCGCUAUGCACAUGAAGGAGCAUCCGGAUUAUAAAUACCGUCCCCGCAGGAAGACCAAGACCUUGCUCAAGAAAGACAAGUAUUCUUUGCCCGGGGGACUGUUGGCGCCAGGAGCCAACGCCGUCAACAACUCGGUGUCGGUCGGGCAGCGGAUGGACGGUUAUGCGCACAUGAACGGGUGGACGAACAGCGCGUACUCCCUCAUGCAGGACCAGUUGGCCUACCCUCAGCAUCACAGCAUGAACAGCCCCCAGAUCCAGCAGAUGCACCGGUACGAGAUGGCGGGGCUCCAGUACCCCAUGAUGUCCUCGGCGCAGACCUACAUGAACGCGGCGUCCACGUACAGCAUGUCUCCGGCGUACACGCAGCAGACCAGCAGCGCCAUGGGACUGAGCUCCAUGGCGUCCGUGUGCAAGACCGAGCCGAGCUCACCUCCGCCGGCCAUCACGUCCCACUCCCAGCGGGCGUGUUUGGGGGACCUGAGGGAUAUGAUAAGCAUGUACCUGCCUCCCGGCGGGGACAGCGCGGAGCAUUCCUCCCUGCAGAGCAGUCGGUUACACAGCGUCCAUCCGCACUAUCAGACCGCAGGGACUGCCGUCAAUGGGACGCUACCUCUCACCCACAUCUGAGAGCCAGCAGCAAGAGGAAAAAAAAAGACUGCAAACUUUAAGAAGAGAAAGGAAGAAGAAAAAAACAAAACAAAACAAAAAAAAGUACUUCGGAUACUUGAACUUUGGUUGCUAAAGAAAGAAAACAGAAAAAAAACCCCACAAAAAACAAACAUCGUUCAACUGUUUUAUCUGCAUAUCUCCAUUUUAAAAUGAGUUUUUAAAUGGACCCCCGCUGAACGUUGAGCCCAACAGAGUAAAAAUUGCAUUGCAAAGAGGCUUUUUAUCACGAGUAUAAGCAAUCAAACCUUAUGUAGAAGAAUUGGACUUCUAUAUUUUAAUUAAUGCCAUAUUUUCUCUCUGUGAAAAGGCAUGUGGCCUCAUUAAGAGAGGCUGGUGUGUUUCAGAAAAGCUGGAUGGAAAAGUUGGUUCAUAAAUGUUUACACUUAAUUUGUAGAAUGUCAGUUGUCUCGACUGUGUCCAAAAUAUUUUGUAGUCUCUCUGUUUCUGUCUCUCUCUCUCCUGUUUUUAUUUUUCUCCUCCUCCUCCUCCCCCUCAUGACCUAGGUUUAAAAAUGAAAUGUUAAGACUGUGCGGGUCGCAAACGCAAGUUUUAUUUAUAGUAAGUUUUUUUUUUUCUUUUCUAGCUUGUGAACCCGAUGUGUUUUUUUUUUUUUUUUUUUUUUUUUUGUCACGUGAAAAAAUGUUCAGAUUUUGUUUUUGUAAAAAUGUUAUUUUCUGUGAUGGUUUUUUGUUUUUUUUGACAGUGUCAUGUUUACUCAUCCUCCUGAACGAAAAGGUUUAUUUAAACUGACGUUUCUACAUAUUUUAAGACCAUCCUCUAUUCUUAAAUGCUGAAUAAAUUUGUACGAAACAUGA